CCUCAUGUUUCUCCCACCUCCGCAAUAGCUGUCCUGUCCUCUUCUCUUCGCUCUGCAUCUCGAUUCUCCACCACCUCCCCUCCCUCUCUCCCUCUCUCUCUCUCUCGCUCUUCCCGUCGCCGGUGGCUGGAAUCGCCGCAGAGGUGGAUGUAAACCUUCUCCGUCGCCGUAGAUUCAGGUCCCGAUCUCAUCAGGUAAGCGCGUCAGAUCUCUGUUUCUCCCCGCGAAUUCGAUCCGAUCCGAUCCAAUCCAAGGUAGGGAAGGCACACGUUGAGCUCUUCUUCCUCCUUUAGAAGAUGAAUUCGAACUUCGACUUCGAUCUCGGGAUCGGAUCUAAUAAGUCUAGAUCCUUGAACGAUCAGAAGAACAAGCCGGCUCCUUACUCGUACACGUCGGGAUCCGCGGCGCAGCAGCCGAAGCCCGCGUGGCAGCCGAAUAAGCCCUCGUGGACUCACCAGCCAGCUCCUACCCAGCCGUCCCGGGGCAACGCCGCCUCGCUCAACGGCCCGACCUCGAUGGUCGGGGAUAUCUUUGGCAAGAGCUGGGGCUCGACGUCAGGACCUUCAGGGUCUGGGAUCGGGGUUGUCGAGAAAAGCCCGAACUUGUUCGGUGAUUUGGUCAGCUCUGCUCUGGGGGGAAAGAGCAAUAGCAAUAGCAAUGCACCCUUGAAGAAUGCUCCGCCUGUGUCGGGCAAUAAGAACGCUUAUGCGAUGGGUAAUUUAUCGGACUCACUGCCGAAACCUGCGCCUAAUUCGGCGAAUUCUGGUGGGAGCUGGGGAUCUAACGGGAACUUCGGUUGUUCUACUAGCGCAUAUAAGAGCAAUACUGGUGUUAAUCUGAAUGGCAGCAGUGCUGCUAAGAGCGCGAAUAUUGGGGGUCCGUCGAUGAAAAGCAUGUCUGGUGCUAGCAGUGGAAUGAAUUUGAAUAAGGAUCCAUUCAGUAGCUUAGGUGGGUUUGGUGGGACGAAACAAGAAGGGGGCAAUCUCAACUCAAGCAAGGCAGGGGCUAAGGCCAGCUCAGGAAAUGGUUCUUUCGGAGAUUUUCAGAAUGCAGCAAAGUCGAGUACAGCCUCAGCCUUCCGAUCAUCCGGGUUCACAGCAAAUAAUAAUGGCAGCUUCCCGACGCCCAAUUUGAGUUCCAACUCCAAGAUGGAUGAUUUUGGGAUUAAUUUUAGCUCGCCGAGUCAGGCCCCCCAGGCCGCUGCCCAGAGCUCCAACGUGGAUCAGUUUGAUUCCUUGUUCUCUUCAUCCUCGGCCUCAGGUGGAGGCGGGGCCACCGCUUCUGAAGGGUUCGGGGGAGAGCAAAUGGAGGAUGAUUGGGGAUUUGGAGGAGGAAAUGAUAGUGGUGGAGCAACGACUGAGCUUGAGGGGCUUCCGCCUCCGCCUGCUGGGGUGUCAGCUUCUUCUGCAAAGAACAAGGGCCUGGACAAUUAUAAGCAGGGCCAGUAUGCUGAUGCUAUUAAGUGGUUGUCGUGGGCAGAAGUUCUUCUUGCAAAAACAGGUGAUGAUGCAGCUGAAGUCCUAACUUGCCGAGCUUCGUGUUAUAAAGAAGUCGGAGAGUACAAGAAGGCUGUGGCAGACUGUACAAAGGUGCUAGAACACGAUGAGUCAAAUGUAGUCGUUCUAGUACAGCGGGCCCUCCUUUACGAGAGCAUGGAGAAGUACAGGCUCGGGGCUGAGGAUCUGAGGACUGUGCUCAAGAUCGAUCCUGCGAACAGAAUUGCCAGAAGCACCAUUCACCGCCUGAACAAAUUGGCAGACUAGAAGAUCAAUCCUUGGAGGUUCUAUUUGUAUCUAAAACAUCUUCUGUGCUCAUACAGAUCAUACUCUCUCGUUCUCAGAGCCUCUCUCCUGAAAAUUACCACAGGAAAGUUAUGAUGAACAUUUUGGUUGUUCCAUUGGGAUCAUUUAUUUGCUGCUUGUCUUUCCGAGGCGAAAAUUUAUUACACUAUUGUAUCAUGUUUGCUUUCUUUUGUUGCGAGCAACACAGAUUAUUUCUUCCUUGUAACUUCAUAAGGGCUUCGGGUUUGUCAAUUGAGCUUGUAGUUUUUUUUUCUUCUUUUUCCAUUCAUUUACGUUGCCUGCAAUUUUCUGGUCUGUAUAACUAUGAUGCUGAUGCUAUCUGUUACUACAAGAAAGAAAUGACCGUGUAGGAUGACUUUUAAGAGUCGAUUACUACUUUCA